GUUGACUUUGCUAACUGUCUUAUUGGUGGAGGUGUUUUGGGCGGUGGUCAUGUUCAGGUAUUUAGUUACAUGUAUGUCACUUUUAGCCUUUCUGGGUCCUUUGUCUUAAGGCUGUUUCAGGGUCAAGGAGGCAAAAAGUGAAUUACUUACCAAUACUUUUUACUUACUGUCACAUGUGGCACAUGCACGAGUAUGCGAGUGGGCACGUGAGCUAAUUUGGCAAACUUUUUAACGAUGUUUAGUGUUGUUCCCUGAAGAAGGCAGCAUUGCCGAAACGUCAGUUAAGACUGUUUUGAACUGUGUUGAUUUUACAAUUUUCAAAUUAAAAUUAAGGCAAAAAGUAUACCCUAUUGAUCAACACAUCCCCACAUAGCCCAUGUAUAUGUUGUGGUUCAAUUUUAUCCUUGGUUUAAUUUUGAUUUUCCUUUGUUUUUGGGACGUAUGUUAAUGUAUGCGAUAAUGAAUUUAGAACAAAGGAAAAUAAAAAUUAAGCCAAGGAAAAAACUGAACCACAAUAUAUACAAGUACCCACCCUCCCCUGGUACCAUAAUAAAAAUUUAUUUUAUAUUUGAUACAAAAUGUACUGAUAAUCUUGUAAUUUGGUGUAUGUUGUGAUUUCAGGAAGAGAUAAGAUUUUGUAUAAAUCCAGAGUUGCUUGUGGCUCAGAUGUUCAUGGAAGCCAUGCAAGACAAUGAAAGCAUUGUGAUC